GAACCGUUCACUUCACCUCGAAAGGGGCCUCUCUCUUUCCCUCCUACCGCCAUGAGACCUCUUCACCAGCGCUUCAAUCUGUAUACUGACUCUAAUGAAGCCUACAUUUUUGUUCCCGUUGGCGAGUCGGUAGCUGCACAGUCUCUGACAAUCCACCGUAAUACGGGAGAAGUUGUUUUGAAUCGUGAGCGGGCUCUUGGUGAAUUUUUACCUAUUGUGACUAUUCUCGGUCCUCCUCAGCCCCACAAACCACACACCCUUACAAUGCAAGGCGUUCCGGAAAGUCAGUUUAUGGAGUAAUGGGCAUCAUAUCCCUCACCUUGUCGGAAUACAUCGUGAUCAUUACUGGACGCGAGCUGCAAGGCAACCUGAUGGGACAGGAGGUUUACAGAGCGUCUGAUUUCGAUAUCUUACCUCUGAAUUCAACGUUGAACAUCCAUAACCCUCCGCAUCCUGUAGAGGCGCACCUUUUAGCCCUCCUCAAAUCCCAUUUGAAUGGCGGUGCCUUUUACUUUAGUUAUGGUUGGGAUAUGACACGUAGACUGCAAGCACAAUAUGAAAACCGGGAGAAAGAUGUCGACAGAGCGCUUUGGGAGGUAGCCGACGACAGAUUUUUCUGGAAUAGAUUUCUGCAAAGAAGACUUAUAGAAGCUAGCACUAAACAAGAUCUAAGUGGUUAUAUACUUCCCGUGAUUUAUGGCACAUUCGACAUCCGCCCGGUAUUUUUGCACGGAGCCCGCAUGGAGCUUUGCUUAAUAAGUCGCCGGUCGCGUUUUCGACCUGGAACGCGUUAUUUUCGAAGAGGUGUCGACCAUGAAGGACAUGUUGCCAACUUCAACGAAUCGGAACAGCUGCUACUCGUUGAAAGCCAGAAUCUAUUGGGCGGAGCAACACGUUCCUUCAAUGACUACCUCCAUAAAUUCAGCUUUGUGCAGAUUAGAGGCAGCAUACCUUUGUUCUGGGCUGAAAUCAAUACUCUCAGAUACAAGCCAGAUCUACAAAUCAUGGAGCUCAACGAUACGCCGGACGCAACAAGGCUUCACUUAUUGGAACAAAACACUAUAUACGGCCACCAGACUUUGGUCAAUCUCGUAAAUCAUAAAGGGCACGAAAAACCAAUUAAGGAAGCUUAUGAGCGACAUAUCGAACAGCUAAAUUUGCCCGAAGUUCGUUAUCAAUAUUUUGAUUUCCAUACCGAAUGCAAAAACAUGCGAUGGGAUCGAAUAAGUCUCCUUGUUGACAAAGUUGAAGAUGACAUACGGAAACACGGCUACUUCCAUUUGAAUGCAGACCAGUCGAUACCAGCUCGCGUUCAGCAGGGUGUAGUUAGAACGAACUGCAUGGACAAUCUUGACCGCACGAACGUCGUACAAGCCGCGCUAGCGAAGCACGCUCUGAACAAGCAACUUCAGGACAUUGGUGUUCUACUAUCAGAGAAGGGCGUGGACGACUAUGAAACACUUAGCAAGGACUUCAGGGAGAUCUGGGCUGACCAUGCGGAUUCCAUAUCCAAGGCAUAUGCUGGUUCUGGCGCGCUGAAGUCCGAUUUUACGCGGACUAACAAACGCACUCACAAAGGUGUUUUGGAAGAUGGAGUGAAAUCCGUGUUGAGGUACCUGCGAAACAAUUAUUUUGAUGGCGCGCGACAGGACGCUUUUGACCUGGUCACUGGGGCGUGGAGACCAAGGAAGACACCUGGGAGUGCGUUGUUUUUGACCACGGAUCCAAGGUCGCUUUUCGCUCGUUCGAUGCCCGCAAUAGCGGCUUUUUCGAGUUUCAUGAUAUGUGCUGGCAUGACUCUACCUCGCACCUCAGACUACUCCUUGUUCUAUUACUUUGUCCUAUGGUUCACUUUGUUGGCGAUUUCACUGGCAUUCAUCGUAAUCCAUGGUAUUCUAUACGUGUCAUGGCCUCGUCUCAUACCCCUCACGAACGUGAUAUACUAUUCCGGGCCUGGUUACCGCUCAGGUCGUCAUGGAAUGGGCUUGAGCGGAGAAAUGAGUAUCACGUCGGGCAAGAGUGCGAAAUACUUGAAUAGUGGAAGAAGGAGAGCACAUAGUAAAGCGGGUAUAGAAGAAGGGAAGAGGGUGGAUUAGUUGCAACCGUUUGCUGGUGUAUUUUUCUGUGGAUUGCAAUGAACGAGCUCUAUUUGUUAGGAAA